CCCGCUGUCCUAGGGGGUUCCUCCUUGUUUUUCUGACCAGCCUGGGCACUGAACCCCUUCCCCUACGCCAUGGGGAACACCAGCAGGCCCUGAAAAAGGAAGGGAACCCCAGGUUUCAGAGGUUCCAGACCCUCCCUCUACAACUUCCCUUCCCCCUCUCACUCCCCACCCCACCAGCCCCAGCGGCCUCAUUUCCUCCUGGGGCCCAGAGAGGAGGACCAGGACACAGCAACCCAGGCACCAGCAUCAACAUACACACACUGACCCACAACCACUGAUGGAGACACACACAUUGGUGGGCAGAGACACUCACUGGCGCAGCUACACACCCACUCUGUGUUCACACACGUUCUGACCCAUCCACACUGAUGGGCAGAGAUCUAGACCAAUACAGAACCCCCCUGUGAACGAAAGGAAAGCAGAAAGAAGGCCUUCUGUACAUCCAGAACCAAAUCGGGCCGCACACCGGAGUCCUGGCCUGACUAGCUCUAGGCCAUGGGCCAAAUAGGCCCCCUUCUUCUCCUCAUCUUCCUCACCUCCUAUGCAGGCGCAGCCAUGGACCUUACCCUGCUGGCGGACCUUCGCCUCACAGACCCCCAACGUUUUUUUCUGACCUGUGUGUCUGGGGAGCCCGGGGCAGGGCGGGGCCUAGAUGUCUGGGACCCUCCGCUGCUUCUGGAGAAGGAUGACCGAAUUGUUCGGGCCUUCCCACCCCGACAACCCCUCCACUCUACAAGGAACGGAUCUCGUCACAUCACCCUUCGAGGCUUUUCCCAGCCCUCCGACCUCGUUGGUGUGUUUUCCUGCAUCGGCGGGACUGGGGCCCGGCGCACACGUGUAAUCUAUGUACACAAUAGUCCUGGGGCCCACCUGCUCCCAGACAAGGUGACUCACACCGUGAAUGCUGGGGACACAGCUACGCUGUCCGCUCGAGUCCGCACAGAAAAGCAAGUGGACGUCAUCUGGAAAAGUAAUGGCUCCUACUUCUAUACCCUGGACUGGCAUGAGGCCCGGGAUGGGAAAUUCACCAUGCAGCUUCCAAACCUGAGGGCCUCUGACGGGGGCAUCUACAGUGCCACCUACCUGCAGGGCAACCCCCUGGCCAGUGCCUUCUUCAGGGUCAUUGUCCGAGGUUGCGGCGCAGGGCGAUGGGGGCCAGGCUGUGCCAAGGACUGUCCGAGCUGCCUGCAUGGUGGCAUUUGCCAUGACCAGAAUGGCGAGUGUGUGUGUCCCCCUGGCUUCACAGGCACCCGCUGUGAGCAGGCCUGCAGAGAAGGCCGCUUCGGUCAAGGCUGUCAGCAGCAGUGUCCAGGUACAUCCCGUUGCCGUGGCCUCACCUUCUGCCUCCCAGACCCCUAUGGUUGCUCCUGUGGGGCUGGCUGGGGUGGUAGCCAGUGCCAGGAAGCCUGUGCCCCUGGCUGGUUUGGGGCGUCCUGUUACCUGCAGUGCCGAUGCCAGAAUGGAGGCACCUGCGACCGAUUCAGUGGCUGCGUCUGCCCCUCAGGAUGGCACGGGGAACACUGCGAGAAAUCAGAUCGAAUCCCAGAGAUCGUGAACAUGGCCUCAGAGCUGGACUUCAACGUGGGAGCCAAGCCUGUGGUCAGCUGUGCGGCGACAGGGAACCCGCCUCCUGUACGGGGCAGCAUGGAGCUACAAAGACCUGACGGCACUGUCUUUAUGCCAUCCAAAGCCAUCAUGGAAGUGGACAAGACCACGUCGGAGUUCCAGGUGCCGCCCGUGAGCCCCACGGACAGUGGCCUCUGGGAGUGUCGCGUGUCUACGUCGGGCGGCCAGGACAGCCGGCACUUCAGGGUCAACGUCAAAGUCCCUCCAGUGCCCAUGGACCCACCCAGGCUCCUGGCUCGCCUCAGCCGACAGCUCGUGGUGUCCCCGCUGGUGCCCUUCUCCGGGGAUGGGCCCAUUUCUUCCGUGCGCCUGCGCUACCGGCCCCAGGACAGCUCUGCGGCCUGGUCCACCAUUGUGGUGGACCCCAGCGAGAACGUGACCCUGAUGAACCUCCGGCCUCAGACCGGCUACGAAGUCCUGGUGCAACUGAGCCGCCCAGGAGAGGGGGGCGAGGGGGCCUGGGGGCCACCCUCCAUCAUGGCCACCGACUGCCUCGAGCCCACGCUGCGCCCCCGGCUGGAGGACUGGCACGUCGAGGCCCCGGACCAGCUUCAAGUGACCUGGUCCUUGCCGGCCGUGCCCGGGCCCCUGGUGGGCGACGGUUUCCUGUUACACCUGUGGGAGCCGGCACGGGGUCAGGAGCUGUACAAGAACGUCACGUCCCUCCGGGCUCGCACUGCGACGCUGACCGGCCUGGUGCCCGGCACCUUCUACCUGCUGGAAGCGCAGCUCUACCACUGCACACGCCUGGGCCCCGCUUCCCAGCCGACACGCGUGCUCCUGCCCCCCACCGGUCCCCCAGCUCCGAGGCUGCUCCGGGCUCAGGCCCUGUCGGACUCGGCGAUCCGGCUGACCUGGCAGCGUCCGGAGGCUCCGGCCGGUGCCAUCGCCAAGUAUAUCGUGGAGCUGCAGGCCGUGGGGGGCUCUGGGGAGCCAUUGUGGGUGGACACGGAGGGAGCCGAGGACACGAGCACCGUCAUCCACAGCCUCAACGCCAGCACGCGCUACCACUUCCGAGUGCGAGCCAGCGCUCAGGGCCCGGGAGACUGGAGCGACGUGGCCGAGGAAUCCACGCUGGGGAAUGGGCUGGAGAGCGAAGGUCGGGCCCAGCAGAGCCAAGGAGCGAGCCCUGGCCUGGACCGGCAGCUCGUGCUGGCCAUCGUGGGCUCCGUGUCGGCCACCUGCCUCACCAUUCUGGCCGCUCUCCUGGCCCUGGUCUGUAUCCGCAAAAGCUGCCUCCAUCGAAGACGGACCUUCACGUACCAGUCAGGCUCGGGGGAAGAGACUGUCCUACAGUUCAGCUCUGGGACACUGACCUUGACCCGCCGUCCAAAGCCCCAGCCAGAGCCUUUGAGCUACCCUGUGCUGGAGUGGGAAGACAUCACCUUCGAGGACCUCAUCGGGGAGGGUAACUUCGGCCAGGUCCUUCGUGCCAUGAUCAAGAAGGAUGGGCUCCAGAUGAAUGCGGCCGUCAAAAUGCUUAAAGAGUUUGCCUCAGAGAAUGACCACCGUGACUUUGCCGGAGAACUGGAGGUGCUGUGUAAGCUGGGCCACCACCCGAAUAUCAUCAACCUGCUGGGAGCCUGUGAGAACCGAGGGUACCUGUACAUCGCCAUCGAGUAUGCGCCCUAUGGGAACCUGCUGGACUUCCUUCGAAAGAGCCGUGUGCUGGAGACAGACCCUGCCUUCGCCCACGAGCAUGGCACGGCCUCCACGCUCACAUCCCAGCAGCUGCUGCGCUUUGCCAGUGAUGUGUCCAAGGGCAUGCAGUACCUGAGCGAGAAGCAGUUCAUCCACAGAGACCUGGCAGCCAGGAAUGUGCUCGUGGGAGAGAAUCUGGCUUCCAAGAUUGCAGACUUUGGUCUGUCUCGGGGGGAAGAGGUCUACGUGAAGAAGACAAUGGGUCGGCUCCCUGUUCGCUGGAUGGCUAUUGAGUCCUUGAACUAUAGUGUCUACACCACCAAGAGUGACGUUUGGUCCUUCGGGGUCUUGCUCUGGGAGAUCGUAAGCCUUGGGGGUACGCCAUACUGUGGCAUGACUUGUGCUGAACUCUAUGAGAAGCUGCCUCAGGGUUACCGGAUGGAGCAACCUCGAAACUGUGAUGAUGAGGUGUACGAGCUGAUGCGCCAGUGCUGGAGGGAUCGUCCAUAUGAAAGGCCAACCUUCGCCCAGAUCUCCCUACAGCUCGGUCGCAUGUUGGAAGCCAGGAAGGCAUAUGUGAACAUGGCACUGUUUGAAAACUUCACCUAUGCAGGUAUUGAUGCCACCGCAGAGGAGGCCUGAAAGUCAGCAGUGGUGGUGGUGGCUCUGGCCUCCCUGCUGGCCCUUCAGUCCCCUGAUGGACAGAUGCACAUAAACUGACCUCCUCCGGCAUGGGCCCAUGAAGCCCCUGUGAUUUCAGACCAAACCAGCCUCAGUGAAUCAUAUUUUCAGUUUGGUGAAUGGAAGGGGUACAGAUGGUGGCGCCUGGAUCCUUGUGCCAGCCCUGGACAGCUCCUUCUGCCUUUCCCCUCCCAGUGCAGCUAUUGCCCUUCCAUUGAGUUAUUAUUCCUCUCCAAUAAGCAAUCCCCCCUCACUGUAGUUAAUCCUUCCCUACAUACUCCUGCCCCCUCUUCUCCCCUCUUUAGGGCAAAUAGGGACAAUAAAACAUUUGGUUAUGUCCCAGA